ACCAACGCCUAAAAACAACGAGUCCUGGAUCCACUGCCCGCGCACCUCAGCAACAUGGUGAGCAAGCACCUCAAACCCCUCUACCAGCUGGUCGUGAACAACUUCCGCAUCGUCGUCGUGGCACCAGUCACAGCCGUCGUCCUUCUCCGCAAUGCCGCGCCACUCGGCCCCGACGAGCUGCUCUCCCGGCUCCAUGGGCUGCGGCAGGUCCAUGUCUUCCUAGCCGUCUUCCUACCGUUCGCCAUAGCCACCCUCUACCUCAUGCGCCGCCCCCGUAGCGUGUACCUCGUGGACUACGCCUGCUGCCGGCCUAAAUCCAAUUGCCGAGUAUCCAUAGCCUCCUUCAUCGAGAGCGCCCGUCUGUCGCCGUACAUCGACGACGGCACCUUCCAUUUCAUGACGCGCAUGCUCCAGCGCUCGGGCCUGGGCGACCAGACCUACCUCCACCCUUCGCUGCACCACAUCCCGCCGCACUGCUGCCUGAGCGAAAGCCGCGACGAGGCGGAGCAGAUCAUCUUCGCGACCGUCGACGACCUGCUCGCCAAGACGGGCAUAAGUCCCGCAGCGAUCGACAUACUCGUCACCAACUGCAGCGGCUUCACCCCGACGCCGAGCUUCACCGACAUCAUCGUGAACAAGUACAAGCUCCGAGGAGACAUCCGGAACGUGAACAUGUCCGGGAUGGGGUGCAGCGCUGGGGUGAUCUCCCUCGAUGUGGCGAGGAGCCUCCUGCAAGCGGCGCCGCGGGGCGCGCACGCCCUGGUGGUGUCCAUGGAGGUUACCUCCUUUAUAUACUACACCGGACCAGACCGGACGAUGCUGCUGCCAGGUGCGCUCUUCCGGAUGGGCGCGGCGGCGGUGCUGCUGUCCACAUCCAGGGCCAAGUCCCGGCUCCGUCUCACGCACAUCGUGCGAACGCUCAACGCCGCCAAGGACAGAGCCUACCUGUGCGCGUCGCUCAAGGAGGACGAGCAUGGAGAGACGGGGAUAUACCUGUCCAAGGACCUCGUGCCCGUUGCCGGAGAAACACUCAAGGCCAACAUCGCCGCUUUAGGGUCCGUUGUCCUCCCGCCGUCCGAGAAGCUGCUCUUUGCGCUAUCCUUCAUCGCCCGGAAGGCACUGGGCAGGAGGAUCAAGCUGUACGUGCCUGAUUUCCACAUGGCCUUCGAGCACUUCUGUGUCCAUUCCGGCGGCCGGGCGGUGAUCGAUGCGGUGCAGACCAGCCUGUGCCUGUCGGAUGAGAACGUUGAGCCAUCGCGGAUGACGCUUCAUCGGUUUGGGAACACGUCCAGCAGCUCGCUGUGGUACGAGCUGGCGUAUAUCGAGGCCAAGGGACGGAUGCGGAAGGGUGACCGCGUGUGGAUGGUCGGCUUCGGCUCUGGCUUCAAGUGCAACAGUGCCGUGUGGGAAUGCAUUAGGUCGCCCAGCGACGUGACCACUCUUGGCGCGCCUUGGGCUGAUUCCAUUCAUCAGUACCCUGUGAAGAUCUAGAAAGUACUCCCUCUGUAAAGAAAUGUGUUUAGAUCACUGCUUUAAUGAUCUAAAUGUUCUUAUAUUUCUUUACGGAGGGAGUAAUAAGCAGGCUAAAGCGAUGGUGCAUGUACAAGAGUAUGACCGAGUCCGACCAAUCAUAUCCUUUGAUUGUUCAUGCUAUAAUAUUUCAAGAAUGUAUUUUUGCUAUACUAUUCAUGGCAUUGUAUGACAAAAGAUUUGAGCUCCUUAAUGCCGGGAGAGUAGACUUUCAUUUGCCUAGGGUUCUUCCCUAUAUGUUGUAACUCUUAACUUCUUCUCUAUUAAUGUUGUAACAUGAUGUCUUC